AUGUCAUCCAGUGGUGAUGGAUAUGUUGAAAACUGUGACCGAGUAUCGUCUGUCAAAAGCAUGUCGUCCAGUAAUGACAGAUAUGUUGAAAGUGAGUCAUCAUCAACGUGUUAUGGAAGUAACUCUGAUCUGAGACCACAUACAAGUACUAUGCAGACCCAUUCUGAAGCCAAACCUUUCAGAUGUGGGAUGUGCUUAAAGUGUUUCUCAUACAAGAGUCACAUUAUUCAGCAUAUGAGGAUCCACUCGGGUGAAAAACCAGUUCAGUGUCCAGUGUGCCAGAAAUGUUUUUCUGCGAAUCAAAACUUGAAACUGCAUAUGCUAGUUCACACGGGUGUUAAGAAUUUCGUAUGCGAGGUGUGUGCCGAGAGCUUUUCAGAUCGUUCCGGACUCAAACGACAUAUGUUCAUUCACACCGGCGUUAAGAGUUACAAAUGUGAAGUGUGUGCCAAACGUUUUUCAGACCGUUUCAGUUUCAGACGACAUUCGUUGAUUCACACAGGUGUUAAAAGUUUCAAAUGUGAAGAGUGUGCCAAAAGUUUUACGUUUCGUUCCAAUCUCAAACAAAACAUGUUGAUUCACUCUUGCGUUAAGCGACUGACUUGUGGCGUGUGUGCGAAGAGUUUCACAGAGCAGUCCAGCCUCAGACGACACAUGUUGCUACACACUGGUGUUAAACCGUUGAAAUGCGAGCUGUGUGCAGACCAUUUCGCCCACCAUUCCGCGUUGAAACAGUAUAUGUUGAGUCAUAAUGGUGUCAGCGGUGUUCAGUCUUUUAAAUGUGAGGUGUGUGCAAAACAUUUCGCUUUCAGUUCCAUGUUGAAAAGCCAUAUGUUGAGUUACACUGGUCAUAAGAACCUCAAGUGCGAGUUAUGUCCAAAGUUUUUCGCUCGCAAUUCCAACUUGAAACAGCAUAUGUUAGUUCACUCUGCUGUUAAACCGUUUAAAUGUGACACGUGUUCAAAAUGCUUCCUUAGGAGCGCCUUCCUGGACGAUCAUAUGUUGGUUCACACUGGUGUUAAAAACUUCAAAUGUGAAGUUUGUGCAAAAUGUUUCUCUCGGAACUCGGACAUACGUAAUCAUAUGCAAACUCACACUGGUGUUAAACCAUUCAAAUGUGACACGUGUGCCAAAUGUUUUUCACGGACCUCGCAGUUGAGACUGCACAUCCUGAAUCACAGCGGUACUAAGGAUUUCAAAUGUGAGGUGUGUGCAAAAAUGUUUCUCACUGAAAUCCAACCUGAAGGGUCACAUGGUGGUCCACGCUGA